UCGUCUGCUCGUCGGUUUCUUUUCUUCUUUGAUGCAGUUCUAUUUGAGUCGCUGGAUUGGUGAUGACAAGACCUUCCAAACGAGAGACUUUUCUUGAACUUUUGGUAUCAGAUGCGCCAUCGGAGGACUACGCCAUUUUCCAGGAAACGACCUUCAGUUGCCACAAGGUCGUCUGCGCGUCAGUUUUGUUUCGAAUUCUUCUUUGAGAAAGUUCUAUUUGAAUCGGUUGAUUAGUGAUAACUAGACUAUCCAACGAGAGAACUUGCUUGAACUUUCGGUAUUCGAUGUGUCAUCGGAGCACCACGCCAUUUUCCAGGAAACGACCACUAGUUGCCACAAGGUCGUCUGCAGCAACGUCAAGUCAGAGGAGACCCGACGGACACGCUACGUGUGCUCCAAGGAUUAAUCACAGACUGACCACCCUCAAGCGAAGUCUUAUAUGCAUCAAGAACCGUAACUUAAAAGACGUCUUCAGCUAAUGGAUACUCAGGGGGAAAAGAGAGGAAAUCCUCGAGACUUCUGUAAGAACUGCUGAAUUCCUUGGGACGCAAUUUGCAUCUACGUUGGGAAAGGUAAGAAGGCCUGAAGCGCUCCACAAAGACGAAGGAUUUGUGCAAUCGUGGGGGGCCGGGUUUCAUUCUUGUUGACUGUCUUUGCGAUUAACUGAAAGGACGUAAGAGUCCACGGAGGGAUUGACCAGCUGCGCCCCUGCUAAGUGAUAACGGCAUUCUUUAUAAAGGUUGAGAAUCAUCCCUCACCAUAUGGAGCUAAUGAUUCCACCAAAUGUAAAGGUGGACGGAAAAAACACUUGUCUAAGAUAACGGUUAAUAGAGGGAGAACUGUGCGUGUGGGGAUACUAUUCAGACCAAUCAGUUUCUUGCUUUCACUCUGUUGCGUUUGAUCCUCGUCUCUUCGCACCGUGUCUCAUUUUCAUUCAAAGGCGCUGGAAAAAGAUGGCGCAGGACGCGAGGGCUCUGUAGGCCGAGGCACACGGACAAACUGGACUUUUUUUUUCUGACGGGGACACUGUUGAUCUCAGCUUCACCGUGAACGUUGUUAACGUGACACCAACUGAAGAGGACGAAUUCCGUUUCGAAUCGAGGACGUAGAAUGGCGUAGGACGUGAGGGCCCUGUACGUAGGCCGAGGCACACGGACAAACUGGACGUUCUUUUUUUAUUCUGACGGGGACUCUGUUGAUCUCAGCUUAACCAUGAACGUUGUUAACGUAACACCAACCGAAGACGACGGAUUCCGUUUCGAAUCGAACUCAACUACCGAUGACAAUGUUUGGACGGCACCUGUCAUCCAAAGAGUCACAACUAUCGCUGUUAUCAUGUUCAUGGCCCUGGUGGGGAAUGGCUUCAUCAUCACCGUACUGACGACUACUUCGGCUAAACAACGCUCUAGUAGAGUCAAUAUCUUCAUCCUGAAUCUUGCCAUCGGUGAUCUGUGUGUGUGUGCGGUCACCAUGACGACGGAGAUCAUGUUUGUGGCGUUCGGACAGUGGGUCCUGGGGGCCGUCAUGUGCAAGAUCAUCGUGUACGGACAGAUCGUCACACUGGCUAGCACUACGUUCAUUCUCACAGCGAUGACCAUUGACCGACACCAGGCCAUCACCAAGCCGCUGCACUUCCAGUCUGAGUCGUCUGCCCGCCGCAUGGUGGCGCUUUCCUGGUUACUGGCCUUUAUCGUGGCCGUCCCGCAGCUGCUGAUCUUCGUGGAGGAGGAGCGCCGGAGUGAGACUGGGGCGGUGAAGCGCGUCUGCGUGAGCCAAGGGUAUACGGCGGAAUGGCAGAGGAAGAUCUACGUGACGUGGCUGGCGUUCUACGUCCUGGUGGUGCCCACCAUCAUCAUCUCGUACUGCUACAUCCGGAUCGUCUGGACCCUGUGGCACACUGAGUCCACCUGUCCCACAGGCCCGAACUGCAGCCGCACCAGAACCGACACCAUCUCCAAGGCAAAAAUAAAAACGAUAAAGAUGACAGUAUGCAUCAUCCUCGGGUUCGUGACGUGCUGGACGCCGUACUUCGUCGUCACCCUGCAUGACGUGUACACAGGAGAAUCUCUCCCGGAUGUUGCUUACGUCAUCGCCGAGACCAUGGCUCUCUUCAACUCCGCCUUCAACCCCAUCGUGUACGCUCUGUUCAGCGUCAAGAGGAAGAGGAGUUUCAGGGAGGUGUGCUGUUGUGAGGAGACAACGCGUAGGCAUUCGAAUUUCUCCAGUUCAGUAACUCCACGAACGGACGUUGAGAGUUUUACAGACGGUAAUUCGUCCUACCGUUUUCACGCGGUCUCAACAAAAAUAGAACGGCCAGCAACAAACAGGAACGGGGAGAACCGUAGUUCAGUCGAGAUGGAUCGUCUUACGGUACCGAAGAGAAGUUCGCCUCGACCGCGGCUUUAUGCCGAAACUUCUUGCUGAUUUCUUGUUAGGCCACAAGUUUUAUCCAAUUUUAUGGAUGACAUUAGCUCAUUAAUGCUCAUUAAUUUUGCCCGAUUUUGAAAAAAAAAAGAAUGUUUCUCCCCUCUGGAGACAGUGAACAUAUAAGAAAGUACCAAAAUUGGAAAACCUAUCGUGUGGUAACCUUGAUUGUACUUGUAGUCUAAGUGACACCAGUGAGGUACAUGUAGCUAUGACUAAUCUGUAGUUGAAGAAAUAGAAACUAAUUCGAUAAUAAAAGUGGCAUCAAUGUGGUAACUUUUACUGUAGCUGUCAACUGGGUAUUAACUAAGUGAUACCAUGUACCAAUCUACCAUACCAGUGCCACUUGUGCACCUCUUGAAUACAGAAAAGGCUUGUUGACUGUGAUAGCGUGUUUUGUCGCUUCAAUUCCUGUUACAACGUUCAUUGUGUUUGUGGAUCAUGUCUGUGGAGGGUGUCAUCCAUAAAAUUUUCUUUCCGGUGAAUAAGAAGACAAUCAAUUGCCGACAUGCUGCCUGCGUGUCCUUACGAAGGAUAGUCGAUAUUUCAAUUUGCAGGUUCAGAACAUCAAAGUCAGAACUUGAAAACACGCGCGGGGAGUACCAGAGAAGUGGUCCAGGCUCAAUACAUCAAUGGCGGUGAUUAUACACAUCAUUGUAGCUUAGUUCGCGUGCAGAAGUAUUUCAACAUUGAUCCGUAUUCCAUAAACGUAUGUAUAGUGUCUAAAGGUCCGGCAAAAGGUGGGUUCACACGUGCGUAUAUCUAUUCAAGUCCGUAUGAGGUCCGUAAGGACUUCU